AUGAACAGCGCAGCAGAGCAAUUCUGCCUCUCACUCUUGAACAACUGCAGAACCCUGAAAUCCCUCCACCAAUUCCAGGCCCGAGCCACCAAAACCGGCCUCGAAACAAACCCACUCGUCGCCGGAAAAUUGCUCCUCCACUGCGCCGUCAACCUCUCCGGCGGCCUCGACCACGCCCGCCUCCUCCUCCGCCGCGUCCCCAACCCCGACCCCUUCAUGUACAACGCCGUCAUCCGCGGCUUCUCCGACUCGGACUCGCCCCGGGACUCCAUCUCCACCUUCUCCCUCAUGCUCCGGGCCUUGGACACCCCUCCCGACAGCUUCUCCCUCGCCUUCGCGCUCAAAUCCGCCGCCAACAUGCGCUGCUUCAGAACCGGCGCUCAGCUCCACGGCCAGGCCCUGGCCCGCGGGCUCGGCUCGCAUCUCUUUGUUGGGACCACGCUGAUCAGCGUGUACGCAGAGUGCGGGUGCCCCGAGUCCGCCCGGAAGGUGUUCGACGAAAUUCCUGAACCAAAUACCGUAACUUGGAAUGCGCUGGUGACUAGUUUCUUUAGAUGUCGCGACAUUGAAUAUGCCGAGCGAGUGUUCGAUCAAAUGCCUGAAAAGAACUUGACUUCGUAUAAUUUAAUGCUUGCAGGGUAUAUGAGGUUGGGCGAGGUUAACCGGGCAAGGAAACUGUUCGACAAAAUGCCUGUGAGGGACGACGUGUCUUGGAACACCAUGAUUGUUGGGUUGGGACAACACGGGUUUUUCGACGAGGCAUUUGGGUUUUUUCGGAAGUUUCAUGUUAUGGGAAUGAAGCCCAAUGAAGUGAGCCUGACAGGUGUUUUAUCCGCUUGCUCACAUUCAGGCGCGCUCGAAUUUGCCAAGAUACUGCACGGGUUUAUUGAGAAAGUCGGUUUAUUUUCGAUAACUCCGGUGAAUAAUGCUCUAAUUGAUACUUAUUCCAAAUCGGGUCGCGUAGAUAUGGCUCGUUCGGUAUUCAACAGUAUGCCGGGGAAUAAAAGUGUCGUUUCUUGGACUUCAAUGCUCGUGGGCCUGGCCAUGCAAGGGCACGGCGAGGAGGCAUUGGGCCUUUUUCACGAGAUGGAGAAAUCCGGGACAGGCCCAGAUAAGAUUUCCUUUGUUGCAUUACUUUACGCGUGCAGUCACGCUGGUCUAGUCGAGGCGGGUCGUGAGGUGUUCGAUAAAAUGACCCGAGUUUACAAUAUCGAGCCCGAAAUCGAGCAUUAUGGAUGCAUGGUCGAUUUAUACGGAAGGGCCGGCCGGUUAAUCGAGGCCUACAAUUUCAUAACCCAAAUGCCAAUUCCGGCGAACGACAUCAUCUGGCGAACCCUUCUCGGAGCUUGCGGGUUUUACGGGAAUUUGAAUCUCGCCACGCGUGUAAAGGAGAGGCUUUUCGAGCUCGACCCGAAUAAUUCGGGCGAUCACGUUUUGCUUUCGAAUAUUUACGCGGUCAAAGGUAAAUGGGAUGACGUGGCGAACGUGAGGAGAUCGAUGACCGAUCUUAAUUUGAGUAAAAUCCCGGGUUGGAGCAUGAUUGAGGUGGAUAAGGCUAUGUAUACUUUUAUGGCCGGGGGAAAACGAGAUGAUGAUGAUGUCAUGCAUGAGGCGUAUAGGAAAUUGGAUGAGAUAAUGUCGAGGAUUAGAGUCGAAGGAGGUUAUGUACCGGAAGUGGUUAAUGUUCUGCAUGAUGUUGAGGAGGAAGAAAAGGAGGGCUCGGUUAUCGCGCACAGCGAGAAAUUGGCCGUGGCUUUUGGGAUGUCGAGGUUGCGAAAGGGUUCGGUUUUUUUAAGGGUUGUGAAGAAUUUGAGAGUGUGCAAAGAUUGUCAUAAUGUGAUGAGGUUGAUUUCAAAGGUUUAUGGUUUGGAGAUUGUUUUGAGAGAUAGGAGUAGGUUUCAUGGUUUUAAGGAUGGGGUGUGCUCCUGCAGAGAUUACUGGUGA